ACGAGGCAGCAGCAAGGGCUGCCGAUGAAGAAAGGAACGAACGUUGUGAGAAGAUAUUUAGUGGAGAGCAGACCUUGCUCACAAUGGCAACGACAUGGCGGACCGAGGCCGAGAAUAGCAAGUUGGAGGACUGCGAAAACAAGAUCGCUCUCCUCCUCUCGCAUCUCACAGACCUCCUGGCUACAUGCAUUACACAGCAGGAGGAUAUCCAUAGCCUCGACGACUCGCUAGCUCAAGUCCAAGACCGCCUUCAGCAGCUGGAGCAGCGACCAGUCGCCGCCGCCGAUGCAAGCUCUUCCAAUACCUCCGAUCGCCUCGACGCAUUGGAGAUGGACGUCGGCUCCCUCAAGGAUGGCGUGCAUCCGGAACUGCGCGAGACGGCUCCAAAGUUCGACGGGCAGGAAAUCUUCUGCGACUUGACAAAGACAGAUCCGAUUCCAUGGUUCUGCAAGUUCGAGCUCACGCUGCAGCUACACAACGUCAAAGAACACAAGCACCACGCAUACUUGUACUCUCGCUCAGGGGGCGCGUGCCAGGCUUGGUUGGACAACCUCUUGUCCAAGUACGGAGUGGUAACUGCCGACUUGCACACCAAGGUCAGUUGGGAUGAUCUGAAGGCGGCGUGGCACAAGCGGUUCCAGGUUGAGCCGCCGGAGAUCAAGGCUUUGGACAAGCUCAUGGUCUUCGAGCAAGGCACGCUGCCAAGUACCAACUGGAUCGCCGAGUACCAACGCUUGACGUCAGUCCUCGACAUCCAGAUGGGCUUCAAGGCCAUCCACCAUUACUUCAUUUCAAGGUCCUAUCCGACACUAAGCAAUGCCCUGACUCACGUCGAGGACACCUUAACGAAGACGGCGAAACUUUUUGACAAGGCCGCGUAUAUCAUCAUUACGAACAAGGAGGCUAAGAACCUUCGUUCGUCUGCGUCAGGCCCGAGCAGGGACCAGCAUCGGCCAAGAGUGGUCGUGGUCGCAGAGGCAACGCCAUUUGACCAAACCAGCGAGGUUGUGUCUGCCAGCGAAGGGGACAGACUCACAGCCGCCCGGGAAGACACUGGUCUGCCCAUUGAAAGGCAAGGGCAAAGAGGGAAACGGAGCACCGCCGAGAGUGACUCGACAACACUCUCAACGCCUCCGGAACCGGUUUCUUUGCGAGUAACCGGCCUUCAAUCUGAGGCGCACGCGGAAGUUGAUAGUCCUCCUCUUCUACUUUCUUUUGAGGACUAUGCUGCCCCGCUCGUUCCUACGCUGGGUACUCAAGCUCAAGGACAAGAAGUGUGUGCGGUUUCUUCUCCGUCCGGCAACGGUGACAAAUCGUCUUCAAGCGGUUCUUCACGGGAUUCGGCACGCGAGUUCAACAUAGAGGUAUUGGACCCGCUCAUGUCCGAGGACUUUGCAUGGCUUCCUCUCCCGACCACAGGCCGCUUGUCGGGACCGCAAUGCGCAGCACUAUGCGCUCAUCUCCACACUUACUUAUCCUUCUAUGCACCACCAACUUCGUCGACGGAUGACGAAGUCGUGGUGGGGGACAUCCUUGCGUAUACUACCAAGGUGGCCCGCGAGUUUCGCACGCAGCGGUACGAUGACAACAACGCACCGCUCAUGUAUGUCUGCAUCCUGGUUGGGCAAGCAUCCUGCAACGCUUUGCUGGAUAGCGGCGCGUCUCGCAAUUUCAUGAGCCAAUCCUUUAUGCAAAGGGCUGGCCUUGACACACAAGUUCAGAGGAAGGCAAACCCGACGACGAUCAAGUUGGCAGAUGGGAAAACGCAGCAACUUAUCGACCGUUACAUCGAGGCCGUACCGGUCUAUUUCGCACCUCAUGCAUGCGAAUCGGUGACAUUCGAUAUUCUCGACACGGACUUCGACAUCAUUCUGGGAAUGCCUUGGCUUGCAAGUGCGGAUCACACGGUCAACUUCCAUCGGCGGACUCUUAGCAUUCGCGACGCCUUCGGCGCGGAAGUGGCACGAGUUCGCCGACAUUUCGAGUCACCUACCGGUGUGGUGGCGGAUCGGUUGAUCUCUCACGAGAUCAUUCUUGAGGUCGGUGUCGUGCCGCCGAAAGGUUGCAUCUAUCGCAUGAGUGAGGAGGAGCUUGAGGUCCUCCGUGCACAACUCGACGAUUUGUUAGCCAAGGGCUGGAUCCGCCCUAGUAGCUCCCCAUAUGGAGCACCUGUUCUCUUCGUCCAAAAGAAGAAUACGGAUCUGCGACUGUAUAUCGACUACCACAAGCUCAACGCACAAACCGUCAAAAAUGUGGGGCCUCUUCCUCGCAUCGACGAUCUUCUUGAGCAACUGGGCUGCGCGAAGUAUUUUUCUAAGUUGGAUUUGAAAUCGGGAUAUCAUCAAAUCUCGAUCCGGCCGAACGAUCGCUACAAGUCCGCGUUCAAGACGCGGUACGGGCAUUUUGAGUGGGUGGUCAUGCCUUUUGGCCUCACCAACGCCCCGACGACCUUUCAAGCGGCAAUGACCAAUGAGUUUCGUGCAAUGUUGGACCGGUUCGUGCUGGUCUACUUAGACGAUAUUCUCGUCUAUAGCCGGUCAUUGGAGGAUCAUCUUGGGCAUCUUCGACGAGUGUUGGAGACGCUCCGCCGCGCCAAGUACAAGGCCAACCACGACAAGUGCGAAUUUGUCCGGCAAGAGCUGGAAUACUUGGGCCAUUUUGUCACACCGGAGGGCAUCAGUCCGCUAUCGGACAAGAUUCAAGUCAUCCAAUAGUGGCCGGAGCCUCGGAACGUCACAGAUGUUCGCUCGUUUCUUGGUCUUGCCAGCUACUCUCAGCGUUUCAUUAAAGG